UUUGGAUACAAAGCAAUCAUGGCUAACACAUGUAUGACGUAUGGUGUUGCGAAAUGAUACAUACAUGUGGUUCAACUUUGGAAACUCUUGAAGUGGAAUUCAGGUCUGAUUCAGGGAAGAGAGCAUACUAGCCAGGUGACAUGGCGGACGAGCGGGUCUGCAAACAGUUUAUGAAGGCGUGCAAGCUCUCUGGAAGUGAGGACGCCACCACUAUGACGCGCAUGUGUAGCCGGAACAUCCGGCGAUUCUUCUGGGAUGACGUGGCUGAUUUGGAGGGCGUGGACAUGCGCCACUGCGAGGAAAAGGUUUUCAAGAAUCUCAUGAACAAAAAACAUCAACACAUUAGGGUGGACCCUGCUCAUGUUGACGCUUACAUCACAAACCUCGCCCACGAAAUCACGAAGAUCAAGAGGGGCGAUACAAAACUACCCAGGGACGAUCCAAGAGUUACCGUUACCAAGGAGUUGUUGGAAAACAUCGUCCGCAAUACCAAAGUAAUGCUGACAGGAACCAUUGAGAAGCCUAACGAUGGUCGAGAUCCCGUGCAAGGGAAGGGCGGGAAACCGGGGGCGAAGCUGCACGAGAAAGCGGAGCCGAACCGAACGAUGGAGAACAUGAACUACCGCUUUAGGCGGCCUGACCUUCCCAAGGGCAUGAAACACGUAUUUGACUUGAGACAUGGGAAGCCUAUUGUGAUUGCGAAGCGGGACUACGGGAACCUGUCAUAGGCCUCUUGCAAUGCCACUUUCUGCUGGAACUUUAAGAUGAUAUAAAGGUGUUUAUAUCGAUUUUUGUACACGAUUUCCAAAUACUUUGGACAAACAUUGUUUAUGAAAAGUGUGCGUUGGACGUGCUCACUUAUCGAAGUUGUAAAGGCAUAGCAAACUGAAACUGGUUUUAUUUUUUCUAUAUAUGUUAUGGCAUUUUAAUAAAUGCCCGUUUUUCAUUCAAACGGUGUUUGUUUUCCUUCAAUCCAUACUAGUUCGACUUCCCUGUACAUAACGUAACUUUGACCUUGGACUAUUACAUAAAUGUGUACGUAGUUCUCACUGUUAGUUACACUUUGUGAAGCUCCAAUGGAACCUUUUUAUUUCUCAACUUAUUUUUAAAUCAAACUAUUGGUUACAUUUAUCCAUUUACAACUAAAAUAAAUCCGUACAAAACAACCCAUAAGGGUUCUAAUCAGAAUAUCAGUCAAUGAAAAAGUGCAGCUAAUAUCUGAGGGCCUCCUAGUAUCUUGUUACAUUGUGGUUUGUCUUCAAAGGUUUUAUUUAUACAAAACAAGCAGCUGACUAUCAUUUCAUGAACGAUUAUAUAGAUCUACUGUCGUGGCAUUUUGAACAUGUAACCGAUAAGCUAUUGUCAAUGAUUGAGUUAUAUAGUGCAUACGUUCUGCACUUGGUUUUAUUGUGGUGUAUUUAAACAGACGUAAAUAAAUCGUAUCUCAACGAUUUCCAUAAUAUUGCACCUGAAGUAGAUGAAUGGAUCAGUGAGAUAUGGGCUUGGGUUUAUGAUUAAUGUUCAAGUAUUGAUUGUCGUAAUGUUCAAGUAUUGAUUGUCGUAAUGUUCAAGUAUUGAUUGUCGUUAUGUUCAAGUAUUGAUUGUCGUAAUGUUCAAGUAUUGAUUGUCGUAAUGUUCAAGUAUUGAUUGUCGUAAUGUUCAAGUAUUGAUUGUCGUAAUGAUAUUAAAGUUCACCCUUUAAAUCAUUAAAACGCUUUAUGCUUGAAGUUUAUUCAUUUCCCAAAGAAAUAUUUCAUCGAGUUUCAUAAGCAUCUGAAGCUUACGGUGGCAAUGAUGUGACAUUCGUGUUAUUAUUCAAUCUCGUUAAAACAAUUUGCGUAUUUCGUUUUAAAGACUAAGUUACUCAUUCAAACGACUGCGUAUUUCGAUAAACGCGACUAAAGCAUCUCGCGUCAAUGACAAUCAGACUUGUGUAAUAAUUUCACUCGAAUUACAUACAAGAGCCACACUCCAUCGAUGUUGAUGCGCGGGUAUAUAAGGCGAUUCUAGUAUCAAUUAAACGUGAUACAUAAGACGUUUUUAUAUAAUUGUCCAAGAUCAAAGUUACGUUAUGUACACCGAAGUCGAACUAGAAUGGGUUGAAGGAAAGUUUAAAGCUGCACUCUCACAGAUUGAACGUUUUGACAUUUUAUUUUUAUUUUUUUGUCUUGGAACGAGCCAAUUUUUACAAAAAUCCAUAAAAAACACAGUUAUAUAAGACUGCUGACAAAAUUCAGAUCACAGAUUUUAUAUUUAAGUACCAAAAAUGAUGUUUUAAGCAUUUUUCUUAACCGUUUAAGCCAUAAUACAUUGAUUUUCGUACCGAAAUAUGAAAAUCUACGAUCUUAUUUUGUCAGCAAUCUUAUAUCAUUGGUUUGCAGAUAUUUACGCAAAAAGUUGCUCUUUCCAAGACAAAAUAAAAAAGUUGUUAAGAUGGUCAAUCUGUGAAGCAGCUUUAAACGAGAAACCAAGUCGUUUUGACGACAUACGUUAGUUGUUUUAGCGUGUCAUUUUGCAUUUUAACAAGAUCUCUUCGUCGUUUAAACGAAAUACAUAAGUCGUUUAACUUUUUUUAAUCGUUUUGACCAGAUACGUAAGUCGUUUAAACGAGAUACAAAGUUUUUUAACGAAAUACGAAAGUCGUUGUAACGAGAUAAAAAAUAAUACGUUUUGUCACCUGUCUGCCAUCGAAGAAGCUUCUUAAAAAUAUGUUAACUUCCGUUUGAAAUUCCAAUGCGCUGAAUAAAUGAAAGUGGCAAA